AUGGACGCCCGAUCGACCGCGCGCGCGCGCGCGAGGGCGUCGGCGCGUCCGACGCCCUCGACCGCGACCGCGCGCGCGUCCGUCGUCGCUCGACCGCGGGCGCGGCGGCGGGACGACGACGGGCGACGCGCGGACGCGGUCGAGGCGUCGACGACGCCGAGGCGAGACCUCCGGUUCUGCAUCGAUCGCGGUGGGACGUUCACGGACGUCUACGCGGAGAUCCCGAGCGCGGGGUCGGAAGGUGGACGGACGUUCGUGGCGUUGAAGCUGCUGAGCGAGGAUGGGAAAAAUUACUCGAGCGCGCCGCGCGAGGGCAUUCGACGGGUCCUCGAACGGGUGUACGGACGGAAGAUCUCGCGAUCGGAGAAGGUGCCGACGGAAAGGAUCGAGUGGAUACGAAUGGGAACGACGGUGGGGACGAACGCGCUGUUGGAGAGGACGGGGGCGAGGACGGCGCUCGUGACGACGAAAGGUUUCGGCGACUUGCUCGCGAUUGGGAAUCAGGCGAGACCGGAUAUAUUCGAUCUGGCGAUCGAGCGACCGGGUUCGUUGUACGAACGCGUGGUGGAGGUGGAUGAACGCGUGCGGGUGGUGGACGAGGGUGAGCGCGCGCGAGGUGCGCGCGUCGUCGGGUCCACGGGAGAGACGGUGGAGAUAUUGAAGCCGCUGGACGCGGAGUCUCUCAGGCCUCGAUUGCAAGCGCUCUUGGACGAUGGCGUACGAUCGAUAUCGGUCGUUUUGUUGCACUCGUACACGUUCGACGCGCACGAGCGAGCGAUCGGGGCGUUGGCGAGGGAGAUGGGAUUCGAGCACGUCGCGCUGAGCAGCGCGCUCGUUCCGAUGGUGCGCGUGGUGCCGCGCGGACACACCGGCGCGGUCGACGCGUAUCUCACGCCCUGCAUCAGGAAGUACAUCGAGUCGUUCUUAGAAGGCUUCGACGAGGGACUGCGCGAUGUCAAGGUGAGUUUCAUGCAGUCGGACGGCGGGCUGACGCCGGCGCAUAAUUUUAGCGGCUAUCAAGCCAUCCUGAGUGGUCCGGCUGGCGGCGUCGUCGGUUUCGCCCUCACCACGUCCGCGGCUCUGCGGGAUACGGGCGACGAUGGGCGGACGCCCAUCAUCGGCUUUGACAUGGGCGGAACGAGCACGGAUGUGAGUCGUUACGAUCCGCGCGCCGGUUACGAACAAGUGACGGAGACAACCACUGCGGGCGUCACAGUGCAGGCGCCGCAACUGGACAUCACGACCGUCGCCGCGGGCGGUGGUUCCGCCUUGACAUUUCGUUCGGGUACGUUUUAUGUCGGUCCGGAAAGCGUCGGCUCUCAGCCAGGACCGGUGUGCUAUCGUAAAGGAGGCGCGCUUGCCGUUACGGACGCCAACUUGGUUCUCGGUCGCGUUCUACCAGAGUAUUUCCCAAAAAUCUUCGGUCCGAACGAAGAUGAAGCGCUGGAUUACGAGUCAUCUUAUGAAGCAUUCUCAGCGCUCGCGGAGCGAAUCAACGCCGAGACGGGAGAGACCUUGUCGACCGAAGAAGUGGCGAUGGGAUUCUUGCGUGUCGCCAAUGAAGCGAUGUGUAGACCCAUUCGAGAAAUCACGGAGAGUAAGGGGUACGAAAUCUCAUCGCACGUCCUCGCCGCGUUCGGAGGCGCUGGACCACAGCACGCAUGCGCGAUUGCUCGUGAUUUAGGAAUGUCCACCGUCUUUGUGCAUAGAUUUUGCGGCAUUCUUUCCGCGUACGGAAUGGGUCUCGCUGAUGUUGUCGCCGAGUCCCAGGUGGCGUGCGCAGCACGAUACGACGAUCCUGACGGAUUAAAGCGCGCCAUGGAAGACAUGUCGCACCUAAAGAUGCGUGUAACGUCAGAGCUCACCUCAGACGGGCAGUUCAACUCAAGCGCGGUGAGAUGUGAGUGUUUUCUCAACCUGCGGUACGACGGCACAGACACUGCGAUGAUGGUUCCCGAGCCCAGCGAUGGUGACUACGCAAAAUCGUUCAGGGAGCGAUUCGUGCGAGAGUAUGGUUUCGAUCUUAAGGAGCGAGCGCUACUCAUCGAUGAUGUGCGAGUGCGUGGUGUGGCGAACAACACGUUACUCACACGGUUGCCCAUCGCAAAGAGCGAGCCGGGGGUAUUGCCAACGGCGGACACGCAGACUCGAGUAUACUUUGAAAACAUGGGUUGGGUGGAAACACCGGUGUACAAAUUCGAAGCCUUACUCGCGGGUAUGUCCGUUGCGGGUCCAGCCAUCAUCAUGAACGGCACGUCCACCUGCGUAAUUGAGCCGGCGUGCGUCGGAGAAGUGACCGAGUUUGGCGAUUUGAAAAUAACUGUAUCGAGCAACAAGAUUGCGCCGCAGAAGGUGGAUUACUCGCGACCCGACCCGAUCCUGAUCUCUAUUUUCAGCAAUCGGUUCAUGGGUAUAGCCGAGCGCAUGGGACGAACUCUGCAAAGGACAAGCGUAUCGACGAACAUAAAAGAGCGUUUGGACUUUUCGUGUGCAAUUUUCGGUCCAGACGGUGGACUCGUCGCCAACGCGCCGCACGUGCCCGUCCACCUUGGCGCGAUGUCCGCUACCGUUGGAUGGCAACUCGACCACUGGGGAUUUGAAGGACUGCACGAAGGCGACGUGCUCGUGACCAAUCAUCCUCGAGCGGGUGGUAGUCAUCUACCAGACAUCACUGUCGUGACGCCAGUGUUUCGAGAUGGGCAAAUUGUCUUCUUUGUCGCCUCUCGUGGACAUCACGCGGACAUCGGCGGUGCGACGCCCGGAUCCAUGCCUCCAUUUUCGAAAUCAAUUGUCGACGAAGGUGCCGCGAUCAAGACGUUCAAACUCGUCGAUCGCGGCGUGUACCAAGAAGAAGGCAUCGUCAAGCUGUUGACCAAGCCGGAAUCUGGUAGUCGUGGCACGAGGAAACUCGCUGAUAAUUUGAGCGACUUGAGUGCGCAAGUGGCCGCGAAUCAGCGCGGAAUAUCUCUUUUGAACGAACUCAUCGAUGAAUGCGGUUUAGAUCAGGUACAGGCGUACAUGAAUCACGUUCAAGACAACGCUGAACUUGCUGUCCGGGAUAUGCUGAAACAAGCAGCAAAAAAUGUCAUCCAAGACGCGGCGCGGUUGGGCGCAGUAAUCGACGGUGAUCGUGUCACUCUGAAAGCUCUCGACAAGAUGGAUGACGGGAGCCAAGUGUGUUUGACAUUGACUCUCGACGCGGAGCAAGGCACGGCUGAUUUCGAUUUUGCUGGUUCAUCCAAAGAAGUUGCGGGUAAUUGGAACGCGCCUCCUGCCGUCACGAACGCCGCUGUCAUCUACAGUAUUCGAUGUCUCGUAAAGCAAGAAAUUCCACUAAACCAGGGAUGUUUGAAACCUGUGACGAUAUCGGUUCCGGAUGGAUGCUUUCUUUCGCCGUCUGAAGACGCAGCCGUGGUCGGUGGAAAUGUGUUGACAUCGCAGCGUGUCACCGACGUCUGCCUCGCGGCUUUCGGGGCGUGCGCGAACGCACAAGGUUGCAUGAACAACUUGACGUUUGGGGAUGAUAACUUCGGAUACUAUGAAACGAUUGGCGGCGGCGCGGGCGCUGGGCCAGAUUUUGACGGCGCCUCUGCGGUCCAGUGUCACAUGACAAACACACGAAUCACUGAUCCAGAAAUCCUCGAGAGGCGUUACCCAGUCAUCCUGCGCGAAUUCUCCAUCCGUAAUGGAUCCGGCGGCCAGGGAAAUACCAAGGGUGGCGACGGAAUUGUUCGGAAAAUAGAAUUCCUCAAGAACAUCACCGUCAGCGUUCUCUCUGAACGCCGCGUAUUUGCUCCAAAAGGCUUAGCCGGGGGAGCCGACGGCGCCGUCGGAAUGAACCUACUCACCCGCGUCGACGGCGAGACCGUCGAUCUCGGCGGCAAAAACUCUGUCUCCGUCACUGACGGUGACGUUCUCACCAUCAUGACUCCCGGCGGCGGUGGUUAUGGCGCCUAA